UGUGAGAAGCUUCUAGAAUGGUCUGUUCGGCCCUCAUCAGAGUUGCCCGUGAGCAUAUCUACCUGGUGAGAAGAGUCAGUCAUGUCUGCAGAUGCCGUCAACAUCGGGCCUGGGGCUCAAGGCCAGCUGCAUCACAGUUUGCUGUCCAAGGUGCUCCCGGCAGUGUGCUGGAGCUGCUUGGUAAAUCCUACCCUCAGGAUGACCACACUAACCUUACCCAGAAGGUCCUUUCAAAGGUGGGCAGGAACCUGCACAACCAGAAGUUCCAUCCUCUGUGGCUGAUCAAGGAGCGGGUGAAGGAGCACUUCUACCAGCAGUAUAUGGGGCGCUCCAGGACACCUCUGUUCUCUGUCUAUGACCAGCUUCCUCCAGUGGUCACCGCCUGGCAGAACUUUGAUAGCCUGCUAAUCCCAGCUGACCACCCCAGCAGGAAGAAGGGGGACAACUAUUACUUGAAUCGGGUACACAUGCUGAGAGCACACACAUCAGCACAUCAGUGGGACUUGCUGCAUGCGGGACUUAAUGCCUUCCUCGUAGUAGGUGAUGUGUAUCGGCGUGACCAGAUUGAUUCCCAGCACUACCCAGUUUUCCACCAGCUGGAGGGUGUCCGGCUCUUCUCCAAGCAUGAGUUAUUUGCUGGAGUAAAGGAUGGAGAAAGCUUGCAGCUCUUUGAAGAAAGUUCUCGCUCUGCUCAUAAGCAAGAGACACACACCAUGGAGGCUGUGAAGCUUGUGGAGUUUGACCUUAAACAAGUACUGACUAGGCUUGUGACACAUCUUUUUGGAGAUGGGCUGGAGGUUCGGUGGGUGGACUGCUACUUUCCCUUUACCCACCCUUCCUUCGAGAUGGAGAUCAACUUCCGUGGAGAAUGGCUGGAAGUCCUUGGCUGUGGGGUGAUGGAACAGCAGCUUGUCAAUUCAG